AUGGCGUUGAAAGUGUGCAAGGCGGCCACCUCCUGUGUUGAGGCCGUGGCAUUCCCCUACCAGCUCUAUACCUUCCACCACAGCCCCUGCCACCACAAGACAGUCCACCAAAGCCCCUGCAACCACCACAGCUCCGAGCACAACCUCUGCAACCAACACAGCUUCCACCACAGCCCCUACAACCACCACAGCCCCUACAACCACUAUAGCCCCAGCAUCCACUACAGCCCCAGCAUCCACCACAGACCCCCCUACAACCACUACAGCCCCGGCAACUCCCACAGCGCCUACAACCACUACUGCUUCUACAACCACCACGGCUCCUGCAACCACCACGGCCCCAGCAUCCACCACAGCCCCUACAACCACCACAGCCCCUACAACCACUAUAGCCCCAGCAUCCACUACAGCCCCAGCAUCCACCACAGACCCCCCUACAACCACUACAGCCCCGGCAACUCCCACAGCGCCUACAACCACUACUGCUUCUACAACCACCACGGCUCCUGCAACCACCACGGCCCCAGCAUCCACCACAGCCCCUACAACCACCACAGCCCCUACAACCACUAUAGCCCCAGCAUCCACUACAGCCCCAGCAUCCACCACAGACCCCCCUACAACCACUACAGCCCCGGCAACUCCCACAGCGCCUACAACCACUACUGCUUCUACAACCACCACGGCUCCUGCAACCACCACGGCCCCAGCAUCCACCACAGCCCCUACAACCACCACAGCCCCUACAACCACUAUAGCCCCAGCAUCCACUACAGCCCCAGCAUCCACCACAGACCCCCCUACAACCACUACAGCCCCAGCAUCCACCACAGCCCCUACAACCACCACAGCCCCUGCAAACACUACGGCCCCCACAACCAAUACGGCCCCUGCAACCACCACAGCUCCCAGCACAACCUCUGCAACCAACACAGCUUCCACUACAGCCCCUGCAACUACCAUGGCCACUACAACCACCACAGCCCCAGAAACCACCACUGGCCCUAA